CUGGCGGCAGUUAUAUGAUUCAACAGUUGUUUGUCUGCUAAUGUCUUGUUGCAUGCGCUUGCAUGAGCUUUCAAAAUAAAGUUUGUUUUCAAUUCCAAAUAUCAAUAGAAAUUCUAUUUUUCUCGGAAGCUCGAAUAUUUCUCCGCCACACGUAGACUCCACUCACUGCGAUUUUGUCUGCAACACAACAAGAUGUCAGAGAUCAUUGUACAGGAAGUGAGACCUCGGUUGUUUCGCAUAAAUUGGGUGUUUAGUGAAGCUAUGAUUAAGGACAUGGGAAUGUACAAGGAGACUUUUCAGUUACGUGGGUCCUUUUCAGAACUAAGUUACACCAUCAGUUGCCAUCUUUCAAAAUCCCCUGCUGAAACAUUGAAGUAUAAAUAUGAUAUAACUGUUCAGGAAUCCAGAAGUGACAAAAACUCCAGUGAUCAGGUGAAAUCACCAGCAGAAAUGUUGUCUUACGAUUCAUCUACCUGGUCAAAAACAGUAGACAACCCUAAGCUUACCCCAACAUAUGUUUGGGUAAGUAGUACGUGUCCCAGAGGCAAAGAAUCACUGUUGUUGAAGAUGGCUGACAACUGGCAAGCUGUGAAAUACUGCAAAAGUAUGCAAGAAUUCCUUACAAUUUGGAUGGACUUCACAAAUGCGACCAUUGUUGAAAAUCAAACGGCGUCCAACUCAUUCAACGAUAUUUCUGAAUUGUUUUUCAAACAACAUUUAUGCGAUGUGGCAUUUCAUUUCAGCAACGGCAAGACAAUCGGUGCUCACGUCCUAAUACUUUCGGCCGGUAGCCCCGUGUUUCAGUCAAUGUUCCAGUCAAAAUCGGGGCGGGAGUCACAGGCGCGCAAAGUGACCAUCGAAGACAUUGGAACAAAAGUAUUUCGCCAGUUCCUCAUCUAUCUCUACACCGGGAAAGCGCCGAAACUCGAAAGAGAGAGCAUGACGCAGUCGCUCUACGAAGCUGCCGAAAAGUAUAAAGUCGUGUCGCUUCAACGUGAAUGUGUCCAGGCAUUGCUGCAGCGACAAUUGAAAAUCGAAAACGCCAUCGACUUGUUGAUUUGGUCUCAUUCGAAAGCGAUCACGAAACUCUUGGAUAUCGUCAUGAAAUUUGUAACUGACAAUUUUCGUGAGCUUUGUUACAAGUCGGAAUGGUUGGAGGUCAUCAAAAAUCAUCCGGAGUUGUGCCUGUUGGUAAACCAACGUGUUGCCGGCCCAGCCCCUAUCACAAUCGAGUGAUGUUUUCAUUCUAUGAACAAGUACUCUGUGCUUUCAAAAUCUUUUGUUUUACUCGUUUUAGUGAUGAUUCGUUUCCUUUCGAUGCAUUGUUUAAUAAUACAAUAUGAUACCGAAA